UGAAGUAACAACGAGACAAGGACUGACGGUGAGAUAGACGCGAAUGACAAGCGGAGAUAUCUUACGGAAGAAUGGAUUGCUGUAAUGGACGAAGGGCACAAGCGGCUGCAGACGAUAGUUGGGGAGCUCAAGCGGUGGCGGCAGGAAGGGAUGGACAGCAAUGGGGGAGCGAUUCGAUGGAUCGGUGGUUGGAGGACAGAUCUCAGGACAUGUUAGACAGUAUAUGGGAGCUGGAGGAGGGGCCGGACCCCCAAUUCGAAGUCUACAUCGACUGGGAGCGCGUGGGUGAAAGGAUGAGGGCUUGCAAAACCCUCUAUGCAGUGGGGACCGACCUGUGCGACCAACUGGAAGAGCGGCAGAGAUGCGGCGAGAAGGAAGAGAUGGGCGACAACGCCGAUAAGGACGACGGCGUGAAGGGGGGUUUCCAGGUCGACAACGACAAAGCCAACGACGACAAUAUGAACAACGACGAUGCCGCUGAGGUUGUCAAUAACAAUACUGACAACAACAUUGAUGACAACAACAACAACAAUAACAGCAACAACAACAACAACAGUGACAACUACAACAACUACAAUACCAACAACGACAACAACGGCGAGGAUAAAGGGGGCGACGACCAAGGAAGCAGCGGGGCGGUUGAUGGCAUCCAUGCAUCUGAGAUUAUCAUUAGCAUGAAGGGGUGGAUGCUCUUCGUGGUUUGGCAGAGGGCGUGGGAUGUCCCGAAGGACACUGUGAGAGUAAACCUCAAGCUAUAUUGUUUUUUCAAAGCCCAUUGCAAAUGGGCAAACACAGCAAAGCAUGCAAAGCAUGCAGCGCUGCAAGGCAAGCUGCAGGCCAGCACUAUGCUUCAUAGAGGCAAGGCAGGAGGGCAACUGAGCAUUGAGGCAAGCAGCAGCGUAACACGACAGGCAGCAAGGGAGGAGAACACCAAGGCAGCAAGGUGGCAAGCAGCAGGGAAAGCAGGGGUGCAGCACAAUGAGCGGCAUGGCAGUAAGGCAGCAAGGCGGGAGGGGCAAGCAUCAGGGGAGCAUGACGGACAGCAAGGCAAGGCAAGCCGUAGGUCAAGCUGUCGCCGGCGAGAUGAGGUGUUGUUUGCUGUGAUAAUUAACGCCCGUGAGCACCUUAUGGUUGUUUAUUUGAAUUUUUGAAAGCAGCAGGGCAACAUGAGAAACAGCAAGGCAACAAGGCAGUGAGGGAGUAACGAAGCGAAAGCGCAGCACUAUGAGCAGCACAGCAGCGAGGCAGGGGCAGAAAGGCAGCACUAUGAGCAGUACAACAGCAAGGCAGGAGGGCAAGGCAGGAGGGCAAGGCAGCAAGGCAAACAGCAGGGCAGCUAUCGAGCAGGAAAGCAACAAGGGAGCCAGGGAAGGCAAGUGGGUUGGAGGGCGGGCAGAAAACGACACGUCAAGGCACUUCAAUAUACUGACACAGCAAGGAAGUUAAGUUAGUCAACAAAUUAGCACCACCGUC